UUGUGUGUCUUUGCCCAACUGGAAAAGGUGUUUCAGGAGGAGGGGCGUCGCCUUAAUCGCCAAUGGGCGGGCGCCGGGGAAGCGGGGGAGCCAAUGAGGGCGAGACGUUGAGUGACAGCUGUCCAAUAGGGACCCUCCGUGCUUAGUACGGGUUUGCGCCUGAAGCGCGCCGCCGGGGCCUGAGGAAUGUCAACUAUUCAACAUGGAGGAGGAGGUCGACAAGCUGGAAUUGAUGUUCCAGAAAGCUGACUCUGAUCUGGAUUACAUUCAGUACAGGCUGGAAUAUGAAAUCAAGACUAAUCAUCCUGAUUCAGCAGGCGAGAAAAAUCCAGUUACACUUUUACAGGAAUUGUCAGCAAUAAAGUCCCGAUUUCAAACUUUGCAUGAACGCUUUAAGCCAAUUGCUGACGAGCAGAAAGAGACUAAGAGUCGCAUUUGUGCUACAUUCAAUAAGACUAUGACCGUGAUACAAGAACUACAAAAGCAAACAGACCUGGAGAAUACCGAUUUUCUUGAAAUGUGUGCUAUCCCUCACAGCCUCAUGCUUGAGCUGUCACCACUGACCGAAGAAGAGAAAACUGCAGUACAGCAAUUAAAAUCUCACAUGCCAGAUUUAUGAAGAAAUGGACUUGCAAAAGGGAACGCUGGUGGAGAAGAGAUCAAUUCCAGAGAGACUUAGGAAAAUGUCUUGUUAGCAUGUGGUAACGAGGGGUGGGGUAUGCGAAAGAGAAGAUUUGGCCUGGUUGACUGGACAGUGACGCCUUUCACAGAGGGAAUAUAAGGACGGAUAUGAAUAAAUUCAGUCAAAAGGAUGGAAUGGGAAAAGGAUUUAAACACAUGCACACUUAGUUUUGCAAUUUCAGGCAAGAAAAUCUUAACACUAUUUUGCAUCUGUUUUUGUAUAAUCAGGAUAACAAAGAUGUCCUAUCAUAAAAGAAUGUUUAUGCACUAUCAGUCAAAUGUGAAUGAAUGUGCAUUGGAAAUUAAAGAUGGAAAAAUAUUUGUAUUAUACAUUAUAUAUAUAUGUAUAGACUUUUCUGUUUUUGAAAAUUUUAAUUGAAGAUGUGGUCACAUUAUCGGUGAGAUUGCUAAGUGACCUAUACUGUCCAAUAAAGCCUAAUCUUUGUAAUAAGCUGGUUUUCCUGUGAAAGUCCCUUUUAUUUUUGUCCUAUUCCUUCUGCUUGGUAACGUUGAGCAACAUGAGUUCUGCUUUCAAAUGUUUUAGGUUCUCUUUAUUGAAUUUCUUUUAAAAAACAUAUUUAAAAUCAAUAUUUU